UUCUGUCUAAACAAAGAACAUGCAUUAAUAUAUUUAAUAAAUGCAUAGAUAGAGUAGAAGGCAAUUUACAGAUCUUCCACUUAACAAUACUUGAAUUCUGGAGGCAAUAAUAAAUAGAGUUUAGGUCUGAUUCCAAGAAGUAACACCUGACCAACAUGUUUUGCUUUAAUUUCAGACACAUUAUGACUCAUUAGGGAAAAAGGGAAUAUGGCCAUGGGUCAACAGCAUCCUUCCAUGAUUAGAAUCCAAGAAAUUCAGAAGGAAAUCAAUGAAGCUAGACGACUUGUAGUUUCGUUCAGUGGUACACAGUCUGAUAGAGAAUACAAGCGCCUGGAGAGCACCUUGACCAAGUUGCUGUUUGAAUUAGAUGCAGUAGACACUGAUGGCAAGCCUGACAUUCAGCAUGGCCGCAAAAGUGCAGUAAACGAUGUGGAGGGGCUGCUCAAAGAGUUAGAACAAAUUGCAACUCACCCAUCUCGCCUGAAGGUGGAAAAGGUCUUCAGUGAUGCACAACAGUUGGUAACGAAUGAAUUAUCUUCAGCUGGGGGUUUGAUAACUGAGGAAUUUGCUGAGCGCAUCCAAGAAAUUAUCUUUCAACUGACACAGGUGAAAACAGGAGGAAAAAUUAGCUUGAGGAAAGCUAGAUAUCGAGCUUUGACCAAGAUUUGUGCACUGCAAGACAUCAUUGAAAAUUGUAUUGGUCGGCAAGCAUUAGCUUUGCCUCUGUCUGCAGAUACACACCCUUCUGUUCCCAAGAUCAACUCUGUUUUAUGUGAAGUUAGCAAAGCAAGAUGGGAUGUAAUUGGCCUGCUUAUGAACCUGAAUACCUUGGAGAACUGUGCACAUCUUUCCCGUAUCCUCACAGGAUUGUUAAUGCAAUUGGAUGCGAUUGAUGUGGCUGGACACUCAGAAGCAAGAAACUAUCGGAAACGUGUAGUGCAUGAAAUCAAUUGUUUACUAGAACAUUUGGAGAUGGAAUCAGAAGGCGAGGCUGCAGGAAGUUACGAUCUAGCACAAAAUCAGUCCAUCAAACAGAUAGAAGAAAUAGGUCAGAAGACAACGCAUUUAAAACAACAGCUGCUGCAACUAGAAAAUGCCUCGGAUCUCCAUUUAAAACCAAAAGGAGAACUGCAAAGUCUUCUCACUGAAUUAGAUAAAGUAGACAUUGGCAAAAAUCCAUGUAUCCGUGAAGCUAGGAGAAGAGCCGUAGUUGAUGUGCAGGCAGUAAUAGCUUAUGUUGACCUUAAAGAGACACUUGCAAAGAGAGAAAACAUGGAAGAACAGCUUAGAGAUGAACAUCCUUCACAGAAGGCUAUAUGGCAGGUCCUGAGUGAUUUGUCAGAAUUUCAAAAGCAGGUAUUGUCAUUUGAUGGAGACAGAACAGACAAGAAUUAUGUGAGACUGGAAGAAAUGCUCACAAAGCAACUCCUAGCACUCGAUGCAGUAGAGACUCAAGGGAAUGAUGGUGCUAAGGUUGCCAGAAAACAAGCAGUGAAAUUUGCUCAGAAUAUUCUGAAUUAUCUAGACAUGAAAACGGAUGAAUGGGAAUAUUGAAUAGCAGUUCAAUGCAUGAAAUAUAGCUUUUGUGACUCAUGCUUUGCACUAUUUCUAAUAAUUUAGAAGAAUUAUUCAGGCACAUUUAAUGCUAUCAAGAAGAUUAAAGUUCAUAUUAUUAAAUUAUGUAAUUAAUUUAGCUAGAUUUUUCAAAGAAAAUUAAAGAGUUUUCCUUAUACUUUGAAUAGUAAUGAAUGCUAUAAAGGUGGUUUAGUAUUUCAUUACAUUAUUAAGAUUUCAAACAAUAUAUGCUUUGUUAGGAACAACAUUAUGGAAAGGCAGUGGAUUAUAAUAUUUUAAAAUAUCAUGGCAAAUAUAUUGAUAGCUUUAGACCCCUGGGUGUUACUUGAUUGAUUGUUUUCAAUCCGUUCAUAUUUUUCUUGGAGUCCAUUCAUCUCUAGCAUAUCAGCUGACUAGCUGAGACAACUGGGCCUUGAACUGCAAGCAAACCAUUUCAUAGAUAAUUAAUAUGGAGUGCUGAAAGUGAGCACCCUGAUUUUUUAUUUUUUUAUUUGAUUGUGUAUUUAUAUCUAUUGCCUUUAAAUCAGCCUCCUGUGUUCCCUGUGCACACUGCUGUGUGCAGUUGUGUAGCCACUGAAAUGCAUAGUUCAUGGAACAACAGGCCACGCACAAGCAACAGACUGUUUAAUUUGUGCAGUCAUGCAGUAAUCUUGAAAGCAACCCAGAAAUGCAAGAAAUAAGCUGCGCAUGUCAGAGAGAAUUUUGAGAAAACGUUAAAUUACACAUUUACCAUGCUAGCAUGUUAUCCCCCUGGCUUUAUUGCUUUCCCCUAAAAAUCCAGCUGUGUUGAAGAAAUAACAUAGAAAAGUACUAGAUGAUUUUGAAGGUAAAAUAAUUGAAUGUUAUUGUUAAAGACUUGACCCACAGACCUGACAAUGAUUUUUGACAUGUUGUGUGCCUGUUUGGAAAUAUUUUGUCAAACAUUUGCGCACUGCAGUUGAGAAUCCUUCCACAAUUUUUGAGAGUCAGACAAUUGGCUUGUAUAAAUGCAUUAUGGGUAGAAAAGUUCUGUAUGAGCAAUUAUACUUCUUCAAAGUGCAGUUUGAGUAAUGCCAAAUAAUACUCAAUGAAAGUAAAAGAGUUUAAUCUAUUUGAAUAUAUGUCAAUUUUUCUGAAAUUGAAGUAAGGUUGACUGGCUAUUUUUUUAAACACAAUUGGGGAUUGGUAAGUGGUUUAUAAUUACUUCAAUGCUUCUUCCAAGGUUUAGCAAAGAAAUUUUGAAAAACUUUACGAUUUUAUUCUGGCCCAACUUGAUAGUGGCUCCAAUAUUUUAUAGUUUGUUUACAUCAUACAAUAAUGAAUCAAUAUUAUACACUUUCCAGUGAAUGAGACCAAGGUUAAGGAAGUUAAUUGUACGUUUUAGUUAAGGCAAACCAAAAGUGCAUUAUUUGCAAUGCCCUUAUUCAAAUCAAUAAAUCAAUCAAUCCAUAAAAUAAUGUAACACUGUAUGCAUCAUGGCUGUCCUCAUCCCACAAAAGCUGAUUCAAUUGGUUGUAUCAAAUGAAUUAUGUAACAACGUGUCCCCAGUAUAUCCAGAAAUUGAUGAUACAUGUCAUUAGUUAACUUUUAAUUGAUAGUACUGAAUAUUGUCGUAAUCAACCGUUGUCUUGAAUAUAGUUUAAACCUAAAGUAUCACACGUUAAUUAUAGGGAUUGAGAAUUAUAGUUAAAAACAUCACUGGUGUUUGAAAUGGGUGAGGGCCGUAAAGCAAAUAGAGCAAUAUCAAUUUGCAUUUAUAAUCAGAAGUAUAUAAAUUCAACAAUGUUUUUACUUUCCAGUUAAAAACAAAUAAGCCGUCUGUUUUUGAAAAAUGCAUUUGUAUGAAGCCUAUUAAAUUUUUGUUUUUAGUGAGAGUUGAUAUUCCCUUUUCAGUAUGCUGCAUCCCUAAUGUGGAGUAAAAUUAAACUGGAUAUAGCUACAAUUUAAAUCAAAGGAUUGAGUUGCAAUAGCUUGAUCUUCAGGCUGCAUGGUUGACCUGCACUUGUGUAUUUUGUAAAUAAUAACAUGCUCUUCUUUCUAAAGAGAGAAACACAUCAAUCAUAAAUUGCUUAAAAUUUGCCCUUGGAAUUCAACUGUAUCUCAAUACCUGUGCUAUGCAAUUGCUGAAGAUGUGUCGUUAAAUGCCUUAGUUUUGUAAUGGAUCAAAAAUUUCAAUACCUAAACACUGUGAUUUUAAAAUAACAUGUAAGAAUAAUGCAGAUUUGUAGCACAGUAUUAUUGUGUCACAAAGAAAUCUUCAGAAACUGAUCCUGGUACCUGCAAUAUGUGCUUGUUUCUUUUUACACAAUGCUUAAAUUCAGUAUCAAAAUAUUGGAUGCAUGAAGGACCACUGUCACACCCGGUUCUUGUUUUCAUAAAUGUAUCAAUUUAUUGUAAUUUUUUGAUCAGUUGGAUGGAUGUAGUUGAAAUCAACAGUUCAAAGUUUGCCUUACAACAAUGAUCUCAACUGUGCAAUAUUAAUGUUAAAUGGCACCAACUUCCUUAAUUUUUUGAAAAAAAUAAAUUUGAACAGAAUUUUUUUGUUUGAAUUGGCAAACAAACAAUGUUGUUAACAUUUGCUCAAUUGAUUUUGUAAUGCAUACACUUCUAAAGUUACUGAUUAUAACAGAUUUAAUUGAAAUACCAGAUGAAGUUUCAGUAAGCAUCUUAUUGAUACAAUUAUACAUUUCCAAGGGUCCUCGUGGUCAAUAACAACGUGAACUUUUGCAUUUUGCAUAUUUAAAAAUAUAAUCCUUUGCAUAAUCAGUUUGUACUUUAGAUAAGUUUCAUCCUCCAUGUGAUUUCUAUUUAAGAUGCAAGGUAUUUCCAAAAAUUAAAAAAAAGUUUCUCUAAUCACUUUUUAUCAUCAACAAACAAUGUUUAUUUAAAUAAUACUACUAAAGAUUCAUGGUAACUGUAGUAUUUAAAUGUUACAGAUCAGCAUUUUAUGUUUUCUUUGGAAUGAUGAUAAUGUUAAUUAAUAGGGUAUUUAUAAUUGAUUUGUUUGAAAUAAAUAACAACUCGACUUCUCAAUUCAAAUACUUGGCUUAAAUUCUAAGUUUCUCAACUUGUUUGACAAAGAUUAUAAAAUGCUAUUUUGCAAUACAUCAAUCUAUAAUUACAGUAGAAUUUUAUUAGCAUAUCUGAGCAACAGAAAUAAUUGCAUUUGGAAAAACACUCAAUUUUUCUUUGACUAACAAUAGCAGCCCAAAGAAAUUAAUUUUAUUUGCAAGGGUGUACUGAGUUUCUAGCUAACCUUUUAAGGACUAGCAUUGAACAAAAUUGUGAAUUGUUAAAAAAAACUACUAAAUGUGUUAAAUUCAUGUUAAAUUGCUAUAUGUAAACUAAGGAAUUAGUUGCCCUCCCACUAUCAGCAUACUCUGGUUGUAAUGUGUUUCACAUAUUCCGUGCACUCCAAUGACUUGCCAAAGCUUGUUCAGCAAAGCCCCUAAAACUGUGACUUCCAACAUCUUGAAGGAAAAGGGUGGUGGGUAUCUGGGAAUGACAUCAUCUCCAAAUUAGACAUUAGCCUAAGUUGAAUAAAUAUUGCCAUUCCUUCAUAACUGUGUGGUCAGUAUUCCUACACAAUUGCCACAUGCAACGAUUGUUGAAGAAGGUGAUUGAUAUCGAUAUUAAAUUCUGACCCUGCCAGUAAUGCCUAAUCCUGUGGCUAAAUAGUUUAACAUAAAAACUGAAACUGUUUGGUUAAUGUAUUCUGAGGAGACUAACAUCAUUGAAAUUGUGGAUAAAUAAACAUAGAAUGAAAAAUGGGAGUGUAAAAGGUGCAGUAGACAAAAGGUGUUCAGAUGUUUGUUUGGGGUCACACUGGUAUUUUUUGAGAUGCUAUGUGUAACUUUUUUAAUAUAAAAUAUUGGUGUCCUGCUUGAGAAUUUAUGCACUAAUAUGUUCAUAACAGCCCUGUCUAAAUUUGCAAUUUUGAAAUGUAAAUGUGACAAACUGGUGAAUUAAAAACAAAAUACUGGAAAUAGCAGUUCUGGCAGCAUUUACAGAGACAAAAGCAGAAUUAAUAUUUCAGAUGAUUAGUCAUCUGCCUAUUUUCUACUUCAGAAUUUCAUCAUCUGCAGUAUUUUGCUUUUGUACUAAUGUACCUGAGACAGUAGAUUUUCAGGGCUGAGUUAUGAGGUUGUGGAGAAUGCACAUGACACCCAGGUUUGCAGGUUUGACCAUCCUCUAAAGCCACCAGGAUGCAUUGUUUAUUGGCACAGUUCAUUUCCACAUCAUCUAACGGAUUUGUAGAGUUCAGUUUGUUGUACUCAAGAUCGUGUGGUACCACUUACUGAUUUAUGAAUGAAUUGAGUAAGAGUGAAUGCUCUCAAUUUGCCUUUGCUGAAAUAGGAUUUGACUAGCUUCUUUUCAUUUUGUAGAUAGUUCCGCCAUUUAUUUUGGUGUUUUGUUUUGCUGAUCCUUUUUGUCUAUGCUGUCUAAUAAUUCAAUCCUGCUAGGUUCAAGAGUGUAUUUACUAUUGUAUUUCUUGUUGAAUCGUGUUAAAAUUAAAUGCUGUUGAAGUUUUGAUUGAUUAAAUGCAUGUUAUUGUUUGUCUUAACUGAAACCUAAUUCAAUGUUCCUGUGAAUGUAUUAAAUAGAAUAA